GAAUCUAAGGCGACUGAUAAGACAGGUCAAACGACAAUGACGGAGUCCACGGGAGGAACGUCUCGGGCAUUGUUUGUGGUCACAGCUGUGCUGUUCGUGAUUCACAAUGUCGUGUUUGUUGUGUUCACUGUCCGCCAGUUCAACGAGGAGAAGCUGCUGCGGGGACAGUACCAGGAACAGCAGGAUAGAUUACAGCUCCUGAAAACAAGGUGCCCUCGUCUCCAAACUAAGAGGGAGACGCUGACUGACAGCCUGGAUGCGACGGAGGAAGAACCUAGCUACAAACGCCAGACUCAUGCACUUCUUGAAAGGCUGAUUACAGAACAGGAACUGAUCCUGGAGAAGCACUGCAGUAAUGGAACAGGAUUUUGUGUGCAAGGGGAGAAAGGAGACACUGGACCAGUGGGAGAUACGGGACCAAAAGGACUUCUUGGAACUGCUGGUCAACAAGGCCAAAUGGGGGAUAAUGGCACCCAGGGAAUUCAGGGGUCACCGGGGGUCAAAGGUGAAGCUGGACAGUCUGGGGAACCAGGCUUGAAAGGGGAACCAGGUUUUGACGGCGUCAGGGGGGACAAAGGUCUUGCUGGGGAACAGGGCGUCCAAGGAGACCAGGGCAUCAACGGAACAUCCGGGCUGGUGGGAGCCAAAGGUAUGAAAGGUGAUGCAGGCAUGACCGGUGACCCCGGGGUCAAAGGCAAACCAGGAAAUGUAGGGGUCAAAGGUGACGCCGGCUUGCCAGGGGUCAAAGGUUCCAAAGGAGAACAAGGAUUGCCUGGGAAAACCCCGUACCUGGAUCCGAACUGCACGUGCGUUGUACAACCAUACAUCAUCGGCCCCACCAAUGAGACGAUUGUAGGUGGAAACAACGGGGUGGUUACAUUGAACUGCACCGUUGGAGGUGACCCACCGUCGAAGAUCACGUGGAUAAAAACCGGAUCAACGUUACCGGCUAAAGCCACACAGCAAGGGAACCUGCUUAUCAUCCCCAUUUCCAUGGCAACAGAUGCUGGGGAGUAUAAGUGCCUGGCAGACAAUGGAGUUGGCCAAGCUGAAAAAACCUUCAACGUUAAGUAUCUCGCACUAAGCUGUGACUUCGAAAGGGACUUCUGUUCUUGGAGUCAGAGCCAGACAGACAACACGGACUGGAUCUAUCACACAGGGGGCACUCCCACCACUUCCACGGGACCAAGCUCAGAUCAUACAACCGGUAAAGGUUACUACAUCUAUCUGGAGACAAGUUUAGGCAGCAUCAACGACAAGGCAGAGCUGGUGUCCCCGUUCUUGGAAGGAAAUACAGUGACGUGCGUCCAGCUGUGGUACCACAUGUAUGGUCCUGACAUCAACUCCCUGACAGUGUACAAGGAGUUUAAAGACGGUUCCCGCACUCCAGUGUGGCAUGAGGAUGGUAACCAGGGAAACCGAUGGAACCACAUGGCAUCGACCAUACCCGCCACGUCACAACCUUACAGACUGGUUCUGGAGGCCAAGCGGGGGAAAUCCAUUGAGGGGGAUAUCGCCCUGGAUGACAUUGAAGUUACCCAGGGGGCUUGUCCGAUGACCGCCUUUGACCUUAAUUGUGACUUCGAGUCGGACUUGUGCCUCUGGAAACAAGCGAAAGAUGACGAGAAAGAUCUGACCCUGAACACCGGACCCACACCAAGCACCCAGACUGGGCCGCCGGCUGACCACACCCUUAAAGACGCAAGCGGCCAUUACCUGUACCUGGAGACAUCUACCGGGAGCACAGCAGACACGGCCAGGAUUGUCUCCCCCUUGCUCACCAACAAGGGCGCCAUGUGUUUGAGCGUGUGGUACCACAUGUGGGGCUCGGGGAUGGGCUCUCUCAACAUAUAUGUCCAGAAAGCAGGGGAAGCCAAGGAAACUCACGUGGACACACAGCGGUAGCCAAGGCAACGAGUGGCAGCUGGCGACGUUCACCGUUCCUGCCUCCGCCGAGCAAUACUACAUCAUCAUAGAAAUGGUAAGGGGCAACAACCCCUACGGUGACAUUGCCAUCGACGACAUCACUGGCACAAACAAACCGUGUCCAC